AUGACCGAAUACGACUUUUCGCCCGAGGCUGAAGCCGCGUACCACGCGAAACUGAAGCACGUCGGCGAGUGGGCGAGCGUCCACGCCGUACCGACAAUCCAUUCCCGCGCAAGAUCCCAUUCCCAGGCUUACGCACACUCGCAACACGCAGCAUCCUCGGGGGGUUACAGUAUCGGAUAUGCCGGAUCGCAGGACUCGCUCGCACACUACGCGCUACUAACACCACCUUCGCGCGGCGCGCGGUCGCACUCGCGCUCGAAUUCGUAUGCCAGCUCAAACACGAGUCGGCCAUCGCAUUCGCAUGAGACGCGCAUGACCUCACCUCCACCACCAUCCCAACUAUCUGAAUUAUACCUCGGUGCCCACCAUGUUCAUGGUGUACAGAAGACGGCGUCAAUGCACUCUGUGCAUGCUAUGAGCAGGUCCGGCAGCACUACUCCAGGGGUGCAGCAGCAUGCGCCAACAUCACACUCUGCGACUUCACAUCAUACAGACCAUCGGGGAGGGCAUGCGCGAUCACGCUCAAUGUCAAUGUCGAUGCCUGUGUCCUCGCAUCCGUACACUCACGGAUAUCCACAUGCGAAUGUUUAUCCAAUCGGAUACCAGAGCCCAAGCAGAAAAGGAUACGCGCAUCCGCAACCGUACCCUACUCCGUACUCCCCACCAGGUGGUACGAUGGGACUGGUGUACUCUCCUGGUGGUAUUCUUCCCCAGACCGUGUUUGAGAAUAGAACUGCAAGUGCGAACAGAGAUGGGAUAGGUAGAGAGAGUCAAAGCGAGAUGGGGAGUUUGAAUUCCCAGUUCAAGGGGAAGAAAAAGUCGCCAAAGGUGAAGUCAACCCCUCUCUUCGAAAUCGUAUACGCGUGGCGCAUGGCAUACACCUGGAACUAUGUCACACACACCCAAACCCUUCGUCACCUACUCAUCAGGCGUCUGCACACCAGGAGAAGGACAUCAUGUUACAUGGUCCUCGUGCCAUCGCGCUGCGCGCGCGCCAUACCAUGGAGCGAUGACGAGAAUGAAUAUGUUCUCGUGAAGCCCGGGGAGAGCGUAACCCUGCUGGACCCGCCGCAUCCAGGCUUGAUACGGGAGUUGACGGAAGAAGAGUGGGACAAGUUGGUACGUAGGGAGGAUGUGAAGGAGCACAGACCAGUGGUUUUCGAAAGUCAACCGGGACGGAAGCUAAGUGUGCGCGGGGAGAAUAUCACGUCCUUAUCGCCAUACUCAUUGACCUCGUCGUCGGGGAAGAGAGUAGGCAGAGGGGUUCGACUCGGCGACAAUUUUUUCCACCUUGUGCAUCCUGGAGAUAGUGUGACGGUCGUUGGAUUUGUGGAAGGUAUAGUGGGGAGGGAUCCUGUGAUAUCAUUUUCCAAGGCGACGUGGGGGUAUUUGGAAGGUCAAGGGAAGUUGGAGCAGAAUGGGAAGGACGAGUACGCGCCAUUGGAUUUACGUGGAAGGACGGAGUUUGAUAGCUAUUGA